UGCUUUCCUCAAGCUAGUAGAAACUGCCAGAAACUUAUCAGUGAGUAAAAUAUAACCUAAUAUUUGCAAAAUAUGCAAAAAACUCCAUGUACCAACAUCUAGAUUUGCAGAACAAUUGGAUGCGACACUAAAACUGUACUUACAACUUAAUGAGUACGUAGAUUCAAGAUUUUAACGAUAGAAAUCUCUAAGUUAGCAUGCUGUCAUUAUAGGCAAUUAUUUGGAGUAGAGUUCAAUGUCCACCUCAGCAUAAACUAAAGUAACAUCUUUCACCAUCGCCUUAAACUGGUUUGAAAAAUGUCGGAUCAGUCGGAUCACCGCACCAAAACAUUAAAUUUCAACGUGGGAGUGCUUGGGCAUGUUGACAGCGGGAAAACAUCACUGGCAAGGGCUCUGAGUAGCACCGCAUCCACCGCUGCUUUUGAUAAGAACCCCCAGUCCAAAGAGAGAGGCAUCACCCUGGACCUGGGCUUCUCCUCCUUCACAGUAGAGCUCCCGGAAAACCUGAAGGCGAGCGCCGGGGAGCGGUACGACAGCCUCCAGUUCACCCUAGUGGACUGUCCCGGGCACGCCUCUCUCAUCAGGACUAUCAUUGGAGGUGCUCAGAUCAUUGACCUGAUGAUGCUGGUGGUGGAUGUGGUGAAGGGUGUUCAGACUCAGACUGCAGAGUGCCUCCUGAUUGGGGAGCUCACCUGUCAGCGAAUGGUCGUCAUCCUCAACAAGACCGACUUGCUCCCAGAAAACAAGAGGCAGAGCGCCAUAGACAAGAUGACUAAGAGACUGCACAAGACUCUGGAGAAUACAAGAUUUAAAGACUGUCCCGUGAUCGCCGUAGCAGCAAAGCCUGGAGGUCCAGAGGCUCCGGACACAGAGGAGCCACAGGGGGUGUCAGAGUUAAUACAGCUGUUGAAGAAGCAGACCUACCUCCCUCAGAGAGACCCGAGUGGAGACCUCCUGAUGGCUGUGGACCACUGUUUCUCCAUCCGCGGACAGGGCACCGUCAUGACUGGCACCAUCCUGCAGGGGGCGCUUGCAAUCAAUGACGCUGUUGAGAUCCCAGCACUCAAGGUAACCAAGAAGGUGAAGUCCAUCCAAAUGUUCCGUAAGCCCGUCUCCAUGGCGAUGCAGGGGGACCGUGUGGGUGUAUGCGUGACCCAGUUUGACCCUAAACUCCUAGAGCGGGGCGUCGUGUGCACCCCCGGGUCCCUCCGCACCCUUUACGCUGCCAUCAUCUCCGUCCGCAAGAUCGGCUACUUCAAGGGUGCCCUGUCCACACGCGCCAAAUUUCACAUCACUGUAGGACAUGAAACUGUUAUGGCAAAAGUGCAAUUCUUUGGGCUGCCACCAGGAUCAGCAAACUCUACUUCUUCAGAGCAAAAUCCACUAGAAACGCCUUUUAAUUUUGAGAGAGAGUAUUUCUACCAAGAUGAAUAUGUAACUGGACUUGCAGAGGGCAGCACUGGGCGUGAUCCGGAACAGUGGGCGCUGUUAGAGUUUGAGAGGCCGGUCACAUGUCCCUCUCUCUGCCUUGUGAUUGGUUCAAAGCUGGACACGGACAUUCAUGCCAAUGCGUGUCGUUUGGCCUUCCAGGGGCGAUUGUUGCAGGGAUUUGAGGACAAAAACUACACAGAAACAGGACUGCCCAAACUCCGGAUCUACAAGACCAAACAGAAGGAGGGGCAAGUGGAGAGAGUCACAGACGACUACACGGUGAUCGGCCGCAGUCUGUUUAAGAAGGAAACCAACCUGCAGCUGUUCAUGGGGUUAAAGGUCACGCUGUCGACGGGAGAGACCGGCGUCAUUGAGGGUGGCUUCGGGCAGAGCGGCAAGUUCAAGAUCAGAAUACAAGGUGAACGCAGAGCUGAGGGAGGGAUGGGAAAACGCUAUACAGAACAUACAUAGCAUACAUAAAUGCAGAUGAAUAGUAUUGUUGUGUGCUUGUACAAGACAUUUAACCCACCUUGCCCCCAGUGUUUGUGUGUAGUGAUGUUUGAAUGUGUGUGUUAAUGGGUGAGUGGUUCCUUGAAGGUAGAAAAGUGCUAUAUAAAUAUGACAAUUUUUAUCAUUUUACACUUAAUUCAUGGUGACCUACCUCCUUUAUGGUGACCAGUUCACAUGACAUGAAACCUUUAUCUACAACAUGAUUUAAAGUUCAGUGCGUGAUUGGUGGUUGUAGAGAAUCUAUGGAAGUAGAUUACCAUUACUGUCGUGGUUAUUGAUAAAAAAACAAACAAACAAACAUGCAAUUAAACCCAGUUAAAACCCGUGAAACCUAUUAAAAAUAUUUUAUCUGGAAGGGCAUCCAGCCAUCCAUUCCUUUUACCUAUAGUCCCUUCUCUUCUCAGCACUCUCUCCCCUUCAGCAUAGUCACAGUAGCUCCCUUUUUUUCUGUAUCACUCAACUAAAAAACUAAAACACAUCCCUCCCUUCCU